ACAUUUGUCAAAAUAAUCGUAAAAUUUGUUUACUAUUCGGUUUGUCUACUGCAAAAUACCUUUUUUAAUUAUAUUGAAAACCUCUUCAGCAAGAUGGAUAGACCACAAAAAAUGCCCAAAGUAGCCAAGGUGAAAAACAAGGCACCAGCGGAGAUCCAGAUUACUGCUGAACAAUUGUUGCGCGAAGCUAAAGAACGUGACCUAGAAAUUCUUCCGCCGCCUCCUAAGCAAAAGAUUUCGGAUCCUGCAGAAUUAGCGGACUACCAACAACGGAAACGAAAAGUAUUUGAAGAUAAUCUGCGAAAAAAUCGCAUGGUAGUAAGUCACUGGAUUAAAUACGCGCAAUGGGAAGAAUCACAGAAGGAAAUACAGCGGGCACGUUCAAUAUGGGAACGCGCACUGGAUAACGAUCACCGUAAUAUCACUAUAUGGCUAAAGUAUGCUGAAAUGGAAAUGAAAAACAAACAAGUAAAUCAUGCGCGCAAUUUAUGGGAUAGAGCCGUUACAAUCAUGCCGCGUGUUAAUCAAUUUUGGUACAAGUAUACAUAUAUGGAAGAAAUGUUGGAUAAUGUAGCGGGAGCACGUCAAGUAUUUGAAAGAUGGAUGGAGUGGCAACCGGAAGAACAAGCUUGGCAGACCUAUGUUAACUUUGAAUUGCGUUACAAAGAAAUCGACCGUGCGCGCGAAAUCUAUGAGCGUUUCGUAUAUGUUCACCCUGAUGUUAAAAACUGGAUUAAAUUUGCUCGUUUCGAAGAAUCUCAUGGAUUUGUACAUGGUGCACGUCGUGUUUUUGAACGUGCCGUCGAAUUUUUUGGAGAGGAUUACAUUGAUGAACGACUUUUCAUUGCAUUUGCACGUUUUGAAGAAGGUCAAAAAGAACAUGAUAGGGCGCGUGUGAUUUACAAAUAUGCACUAGAUCAUCUAUCAAAAGAUAGAACACAGGAACUUUAUAAAGCUUACACAAUCCAUGAGAAAAAAUAUGGCGACAGAGCAGGUAUUGAAGAUGUUAUCGUUUCAAAGCGCAAAUUCCAAUAUGAACAGGAGGUAGCUGUAAAUCCGCAAAAUUACGAUGCUUGGUUCGAUUAUUUGCGACUAAUUGAAGGUGAAGGCGAUGUCGAUCUUAUACGCGAAACAUAUGAGCGUGCUAUCUCUAACGUUCCACCUGCCAAUGAAAAAAACUAUUGGCGCCGUUACAUUUACUUAUGGAUCAAUUAUGCACUCUAUGAAGAACUUGAAGCAGUGGAUUUCGAACGUACGCGACAAAUAUACAAAACAUGCCUCGAACUUAUUCCGCACAAAAAGUUUACAUUUAGUAAAAUUUGGCUAAUGUAUGCACAGUUUGAAAUUCGUUGCAAAGAAUUACAAAAGGCUCGGAAAACUUUAGGAAUGGCAAUAGGUAUGUGUCCACGCGACAAACUUUUCCGCGGUUACAUAGAAUUUGAAAUUCAGUUGCGUGAAUUUGACCGCUGCCGAUUGCUGUAUGAAAAAUUUUUAGAGUUUGGGCCUGAAAAUUGUGUAACAUGGAUGAAAUUUGCUGAGCUUGAAAACUUACUUGGUGAUACGGAUCGAGCCCGUGCAAUUUUCGAACUGGCAGUUCAACAACCGCGUCUUGAUAUGCCAGAACUGUUAUGGAAAGCUUACAUAGACUUCGAGGUAUCACAAGGUGAAACGGAAUUGGCACGCCAACUCUACGAACGACUUUUGGAACGAACGCAUCACGUUAAAGUGUGGAUGUCAUACGCGAAAUUUGAAUUAUUACAACAAGAUUCUGAACUUGCUGAUGACCCUGAGAUAAAUAUAAAAUUAUCCAGACGGGUUUAUGAGCGUGCUAACGAUACUCUACGUAAUGGCAGUGACAAAGAAUCCCGCGUUUUGUUGCUAGAGGCAUGGCGUGAUUUUGAACGGGAAUCGGGAGAUAGUCAUACGUUAAACCAAGUGAUGGAGAAAAUGCCUCGCCGUGUUAAGAAGCGGCAGAAGAUCGUAUCAGAAAGUGGCGUGGAAGAAGGAUGGGAAGAAGUGUUUGACUAUAUUUUCCCAGAAGAUGAGUUGGCGCGUCCUAAUUUGAAACUAUUGGCUGCCGCCAAAAUGUGGAAGAAACAAAAGGAAUCUAUUAAUACAGAAGCUCCCGCAAGUAAUUUGUGUGAUGAAACAAAUGUAGAAAAAGAUAAAUCUUAAAGUUUGGCAUAAGUAAAUACAAUAAAUAUACAUAUGAAUUAUAGUUUUCGACUUUAAAUAAACAAUA